AUUAGUAUAAGGUCUAUGGCAAGUUCUAAGGCUUCAAGUAAAUAAUAUUAUUAAAUACUACAACUACAUAAUAUAAACGUAACAACCCUAUUAAUUUUUCAAUUUUUUAUUACUCACACUCACGUCUCACACAUUUGCAUAGUACAUAAACGACAUCAGUUCGGUUUACAUUUCAAUAGUAAUUAUAGUACUACAGAAUUUAUUCUGUGUAAGUACGCUGUAACACGAUGGCUUGCAGAAACGUCAAUGUUCACAAUUUGUCGAAACUUGUCAGAUAUUUUUCACAAAAAACCACCGAACAAGAAACAAAAGUCGCCUCCAGAAUGGGAUUUUUAAAAGGUAAACCAUUGUAUUUAGAUGCACAAGCCACAACCCCUCUGGAUCCUAGAGUUUUGGAUGCUAUGAUGCCCUACAUGACACAUAGUUAUGGAAACCCGCAUUCUCGUACACAUAUGUAUGGUUGGGAAAGCGAAGAAGCUGUGGAAACAGCUAGACAGCAUAUAUCAAACUUGAUAGGCGCCAAUCCCAAAGAAAUAAUAUUCACAUCUGGGGCAACAGAAUCUAAUAAUUUAGCCAUUAAAGGAAUUGCUCAUUUUUAUGGAGCGAAGAAACGACAUAUUAUUACUACACAAACGGAACAUAAAUGUGUUUUAGAUUCUUGCCGUGCUUUGGAAGGUGAAGGUUUCGAAGUAACAUAUUUACCAGUUCGUUCAACGGGUAUAAUUUCUCUUGAUGAAUUAGAGUCUGCUAUACGCCCUGAUACUGCACUUGUUUCCAUCAUGGCUGUAAAUAAUGAAAUUGGAGUAAAACAGCCAAUCAAAGAAAUUGGAAAACUAUGCAAGUCAAAAAAGGUGUUUUUCCAUACUGAUGCAGCUCAGGCAGUUGGUAAGAUCACUGUUGAUGUUAAUGAUCAAAAUAUUGAUCUUAUGUCUAUAAGUGGACAUAAAUUAUAUGGACCAAAAGGUAUUGGAGCACUGUUUGUUCGACGUAAGCCAAGAGUACGUUUAGAACCUUUACAGAGUGGAGGAGGUCAAGAACGAGGUUUAAGGAGUGGAACGGUUCCAACACCAAUAGUUGUAGGAUUCGGUGAAGCAUGUAGGAUAGCUAAAGAAGAAAUGGAGUAUGAUCAUGCAUGGAUGACAAAACUUUCAAAUUUACUCCUGGAAAAAAUUUCUAAGAAUCUUCCAGAAGUUGUUCGCAACGGUGAUGAUGUUCAUACUUAUCCAGGUUGUUUAAAUUUAUCGUUUGCAUUCGUUGAGGGAGAAUCUCUUCUUAUGGCCCUCAAAGACAUUGCUUUGUCAAGUGGUAGUGCAUGUACAUCUGCAUCUUUGGAGCCUUCAUAUGUAUUACGUGCUAUUGGAGCUGAUGAAGACUUGGCACAUUCUUCUAUUAGAUUUGGUUUUGGUCGUUUUACAACCGUGGACGAAGUUGAGUAUACUGCUGAAAAAUGUAUAAAACAUGUUAAACGUCUACGAGAAAUGAGUCCAUUAUGGGAAAUGCAUCAAGAAGGAAUUGACAUCAAAUCUAUCAAGUGGUCUCAACAUUAAAGUUCAACUAAUCACAUUGCAUUAGUGAUUUUGGAUUAGGUCCAUGUUGUCCAUUUCGGUAUCACUCAAUAGUCGUAAUUGCUUGCAAAAUUUUGUCGCAAUCUUACGACGUACAAAAUCAGCUUCUAUCUCUUGUUUAGUCCUAGGAAUUCGAAAUCUUACACAACAGCACAUAAACACCACUAUAAAAUAUAUUAUUGCUUAAAAAGUUUUAAUUUUGUAUACAAUUGUAAAAUGUACCUAGUGUAAAGAAGACGGUCAUGAUGAAAAAAAUAAUGUGCCAUACACGAUAACCAUUGUAUAACUGUAACUCUAACCAUUCCUCAUCUGGUAUAAAGGAUGGGACUAGAGGAUCUGAAGUCGUUGUUGUUGUAGGAUCAUUCAUUGCCACCACCUUAAUGCAAAUUAUAUAAGUGUUUAAAUGAUUUAUAAAUUACUGUUGCUAUUAUUAUUUUAUUUUUUUGUAAAUAAAUCCACUUGAUAAAGUGUACAGUUAUAAAGAUCACAGUCUAAUAAUUAUUCAAUAUCAAAUUAAUUGAGCCUAGUCACAGAAAGAGUUUUGUUAUCAACAGUAAUAAAACUAAACACCUAUAGUAAUGACUAGACGUCUAGAUUUGUGGUCAACAAGGCAGCUCAAAAAGUAAGUCCCUACUCAUUUAAGCAAGUGAAUAGUUGAAAUACUUAUGAAUCAAUAUAAACUUAAAAAAUAUUAUGCAUAACGAAAUUCGGUUAAUGGAGAAUAGUUAGGUACUGCAAAUGAAUCAUAUUUUUCCACGCACAGUCCUAGGCUACUGUCCAAAUGGCCAAGCACCGUGCAAAGGGUUUAUGGUUCAAGGUUUAGUCUGUGUCACAAAAAAAAAAAUUGCUACUAUCCAAUGCCCCGAAAGAAAAACUGUAUACUUGCCAUCUUUGACUGAUAGUAGUGUAUGCAUAAUGCAUAUGACUAUAAGAGACAUAUGGUCCAGAAGUCACAUCACAGGGGGGUGGGGGGG